UACUGGAUAAGUUGUGGCGCGAGUUUGCAUGUUCAGCAUAAGGUAUUUGCCAACUUUAGUCAUAUCAAGAUCAAGAACCCAAUUUAGCACAACAUCACUAGCUAUGGGUAUUCAUGGCCUGUCAAAACUUCUCGGAGACUGUGCUCCAAGCUCAAUGAAGGAGAAUGAGAUAAAGAAUUACUUUGGUCGGAAAGUGGCAAUUGACGCUUCUAUGAGCAUAUACCAGUUCCUGAUUGCAGUCCGAUCUGAUGGCUCACAGCUCAUGAAUGAAGAAGGGGAGACAACCAGUCACUUGAUGGGGAUGUUCUACAGGACAAUCAGAAUGGUUGAGAACGGAAUCAAGCCGGUGUAUGUGUUUGAUGGGAAGCCACCGGAGAUGAAGUCAGGAGAGUUGUCCAAGAGAGCCGAGAGGAGGGAGGAGGCACAGAAGGGGCUGGAGAAAGCUGAGGAAGCUGGUGAUGAUGAAAACAUUGAUAAGUUCAACCGUCGCCUGGUGAAAGUCACUAAACAACACAAUGAAGACUGUAAACAGCUCCUCAAGCUGAUGGGCAUUCCGUAUGUUGAGGCUCCGUGCGAGGCAGAGGCUCAGUGUGCCGCCCUGGCCAGAGCUGGGAAAGUGUUCGCGGCAGGGACAGAGGACAUGGAUGCCUUGACAUUUGGAUCUAAAGUUUUGCUGAGACAUCUCACGUUCAGUGAAGCAAGGAAACUGCCAAUCAAAGAAAUUCAUUUAGAUAGAGUGUUAGAAGAACUGAGUCUGUCUCAAGAUGAGUUUAUUGACCUGUGUAUUUUGCUGGGAUGUGAUUACUGCGACUCUAUCCGAGGUAUUGGCCCAAAGCGGGCCAUUGAGCUGAUCAAACAGCACAGAUCCAUAGAAACCAUCCUAGACCAUCUUGAUAAGAAGAAGUAUACUAUCCCGGAAAACUGGAUGUAUAAGGAGGCGAGGGUGCUGUUUCAGGAGCCAGAAAUCACAGAUCCAGAGACACUGGAUCUGAAAUGGUGUGAGCCAGAUGAAGAGGCCCUGCUGGACUACAUGGUGACCCAGAAGGGUUUCAGUGAGGACAGGAUGAAGAAUGGCAUCAAGAAGCUUGUGAAGGCAAAGCAAGGCACAACUCAAGGUCGACUUGACUCAUUCUUCAAAGUAAUGUCAUCGUCCUCCUCCACGCCCAAGAGAAAGGCUGCUGAGGUGAAGGGGAGCGCCAAGAAGAAAGCCAAGGGUUCAUUCAAGAAGGGACGAUAGAGGUGCCAUGUUUUUACCGCCAAAUGAGUUUUUUCUUUUUAGAAAGUAUCACUUCUGAAUCAAAUGGAUGAAUACAGAGAUGUGUUUCAUGUGCACAAACUAAGGAUUCUGUCACUUUUGCCUCGGCAUUUCUGGUGUCGCCCGCCAUGAUAUUGCUGGAAUAUUGCUGAAAGCAGUGUAAAACCAUACUCACUCCUUCCUUGGACAUUGACGUCACUAGAGUCAACAAGAUGUAUUUGCUCUGUAAAUAGAUUAUGCGAGUCAAGGAUGUUGUUGCUGGGACAGCGUUCAUGUAUAGGCCAACAUGAUGUAAGGAUAAAGAUACAACCAUUAGACAGGCUACUGAUUGUGUUGAUGCUUCAAUGACAGACUUAAUAUGAAGACCUUGAUGUCAGCUUGUUGGAGCACUGGAGGAAGGUUGGGACUCAUCAGUUGUUAAUAGCAACAUAUUUGCUGUGAUUGUUCAUUUCUGUUAAUAUUAUUUUAGAAUUCAUUGAAUAUUGUGUUCACUUCAUGAUUAAGUUUUCUAAGGUGUGCUAAGCUGGAAAUGCAUUAGUUUGUGGCAUUCACCUGAUUGUAUCCAUUCAUGUGGCAUGAGAUAUCAUCAAACUUGUUUUGAGAAGUGUAACUUGUUGAACACAAUGUUGGUGUCUCCAGAGUGUAUAUAGAAAUCUGAACAAAUUUGAUUUGUACAAUAAACCAUGAAAAGAUAACUCCA